AUCCACGUCAAAACAAUCCGGAAGAGACACAACAUGAUCCAAGUGUCGCACUUUGGAGCAAGUUACACGGAUAAAAACAGCAUGGUGGGCAUGCCCGCUUGUUGAUGCUAGCGAGGGCGAUGAGCUGACAAACUCAUCCAGUAAGUUUUGUUAUCGUCGUUAGUUUCUUCACUUCAACAUUCUGCUAACGUAAACUAGCAGUGUCGCUGUCGCCAUGGGGAACGGGAUGAACAAGGUCGUUGACGGGCUCUACCUGGGGAAUAUCAGAGAUUCAGAGAACAGAGAGAGCCUCUCUCAGAACGGAAUCACUCACAUCCUGUCCGUGUACAACAACGCCAAGCCGGUGUACGAGGACAUGACCUACCUGUGCAUUCAUGCAGCAGAUGCCUCCAGCCAAAACCUACUGCAGCAUUUUAAAGAGUGCAUCAGCUUCAUCCACGAGUGUCGCCUGAACGGAGGCUCCUGCCUGGUGCACUGCCUGGCCGGAGUGUCCCGCAGCACCACCAUGGUGGUGGCCUACCUCAUGACUGUCACGGACUACACCUGGGAGGAGUGUCUGUCUGCGGUCAAGGCCGUGCGCUCUUUUGUCGGCCCAAACUACGGCUUCCAAGGGCAGCUGCAGGAGUACCAGAUCACCCAGGUGGCAGAGUACAAAGAAUGGCUGCAGUCCAAUUUCCGUCGCAGUCCCUUUAACGACCAGGAGCAGGUGGGGGCGCUGCUGAGGCAGUACACCGAACAGCAGGAGAGGCCAGCGGAGAGGAUCGGGAGCUGGGUGGCUUGAUCCAGAUCUGGCACUGAGAUGGAAUGGUCACCUUUUUUUUUUAUUUGGAUUUUCUGUCAUUUGAGGUUCCGUCUUCAUUUACCUCAAGAGUGUUUGGCUUUCUUGGCUCAGUUCUGUUGUCACCGAGGCCUUAACCCUGUUCACCUCAGCACCUUAGCAGUUGUGAUUUAAACUUCAACAGGCUGCGUCAUAUAAAUCAACCAUCGGAGGCCACUACUUUAUGUUUCUCUGACGCUCGUAAAAGGUGGACAGUGUCGCUGUACUGUGUCGAAUGUGCGUUAGAAUGCUUCAUGAAGAGACUGCGGCACAUCAAUUCACCUACAGCCGACUGUUCAGUUCCCUCUUAUCUCCCUCAGAGGGAUAAACAGACUCCUUUGUCGUGGAACAGUUAGCAGUGGGAAGAUAAGCCAAGCGCGUGUUGGGAACAGCCACUGAAGCCUCGUUUCAGAAGGACUUAUUCUUAGAAAUAAUAAUAAAAAUAACCGCCGCAGCUUUGACUUCCUGAUCCUAAGAAAUGAAGCGAGUGAAAUCUUGUCCUUUGUGGUGUACAUGUACAUGUCAAAUCCAAUGAUAUGAUUGCACAAUAAGCGUUUUGUUUGUUCUUUAUGACACAAUUGAAGCAGCCAUGCACUGAUGACAUGAGUGAAUAAAGAUUUAUGACCAAUAAUCUGUGUCUUUGCUCUACUUCAGACUGAAAGUAAC